AACAAUGUCCCCAAGGAUGUUUUAAAAUAUUUAUUUAUUUUUAUAAAAAGCCCUUUGCCACCUCCCUCAGGCCAUGGAAGCCAAGGCUGGUGGUGUUGGUGGCUGUGGCCUGGCUGUCACUUUGGCUUCCUACAGAGCAGCCAGGACAAUGGUGGGGUUGGGCCCUACGGUGUCCACACAUGUGAGUAUCAAGCAGCCCAGGCCUACGGGACAGGCCGGUCCUCACCCCAUCGUACAGAUGAAGGGUGGGAGUCCCCUGGCCCAGGGGCAGCAGAGCUGGGGUUUGAACCUUGGCCCUUCUGCUGUCCCACAGCCCCUGCCCUGCUGGGGUCAGGGGUCUCAGGGCCAGCUUGGCCUUCCAAGCCAGAUGGCUGUGGCAUGUUCGGCCCCUCCCCUUCAGGAGAGGAGCUGGCUGGGGUGGAACCAGAGUCAGAGGCCGCUCAGGCCACGGACUUUCCCUGCUCUGUCCAGGGUAAUUACCUGCCCAGUUACCAGCGCCCACUUCCUGCACCUUUCAUCCGGGCUCCAGGGCUGCAGGCAGCAAUUAACCCUCCCAGCACCCUCUGAAGUCUGUCCUGGAGGCAGACUUGUUAUUAAACCUAUUUUACAGGAAGCAGCGGAUGGCUCGGUGCCUCUCUCCCCUCGCCAGGGCUUCAAGCAGGUCCUGGAAGGCCCCGGGGGUCUCCUGUUCCCCCCGCUCCCUCUCAGACACAUAAGGGCGUGGGUUGGAGCUGAUGGAAGGAACUGGAAUCUGGCUUUGCUGUGUGACUCUGACAAGUCUCUGCCUUUGUCUGGGCCUUAGUGGCAACACUGAGUCUCUUCAGUGGUAACAUAGGGAUGAUUCUAAAAACCAGGAGAUCUGCCUCUGAUCCAUCUGAACUUCCUCCCUGCAGUCCGUUACGCUGGCCUCCUCACUGUUCCUUGAACACACCAAGGACCUUCAGACCGCAGGACCUUUGCACAUGCAGAGCCAUUUGCCAGGCACUUUUCUAUGCUUCUUGGCUUAAGCGUCAACAACGCAGCCUGGAGAGUGCCCAGUCCUCCCCCGUCUUGCUUUUCUUCUUCUUUUUUUUUUAUGGCAGCACUAGGGUUUGAACUCAGGGCCUUGCACUUGCCAUGCAGGCAUUCUUGAGUCACUUGAGCCCCAUUCACAGCCCUUUUUAGCAUUGGUUACCUUUGAGAUUGGAGGGUCUUGCUUUACGUCCGGGCUGGCUUGGACCACCGCCCUCCUGUUGAUGCUUCUGCUGUAGCUGAGAUGAAGGCAGCUGCCACUGUGUCCAUCUUUUUUACUGAUUAAGAGAGGGAGCUAGUGAUGUUGUUGCCAAGGCUGACCUCGAAGGA